CGGAGUCCUGGCGUUCUGGCAGCGCCAGAGCCGGGCAGCAGAGACAGGCUGGGCUGGCACUCACCCACGACCCCCCUUCCCUGCUAUGAUGGUCCACUAGUAGUAGGUUCCAGACCCCCGGGGGCAUGUGGCCAGAGCUAGCGGCAUCCAGGUGCGCAGAGCUACAAGAGCUCUAGGCACUCUGGGGCAGCUCUGCCUGCUGCGCUCUCUGGUGCCUGUGGAGAUGCCCAACUGACAGGCCAGUUAGUGAGGACAAGAACGCUCCCUUUUGGCCCCAGUUCGCUGCAUCCAUGGCGCUGCUGGCCGGUCUGGUGCCCCUGUGCUGCUUGGCACUUCUGGCGCUGCCGGCCCAGAGCUGCGGGCCCGGCCGGGGGCCGGUUGGCCGGCGCCGCUACGUGCGCAAGCAGCUCGUGCCGCUGCUCUACAAGCAAUUUGUGCCCAGCGUGCCCGAGCGGACCCUGGGCGCCAGUGGGCCGGCCGAGGGGAGGGUGGCAAGGGGCUCUGAGCGCUUCCGGGACCUCGUGCCCAACUACAACCCCGACAUCAUCUUCAAGGAUGAGGAGAACAGCGGCGCCGACCGCCUGAUGACGGAGCGUUGUAAGGAGCGGGUGAACGCGCUGGCCAUUGCAGUCAUGAACAUGUGGCCUGGAGUGCGCCUACGAGUGACCGAGGGCUGGGACGAGGACGGCCACCAUGCUCAAGACUCACUCCACUACGAAGGCCGUGCCUUGGACAUCACUACGUCCGACCGCGACCGCAAUAAGUAUGGGUUGCUGGCGCGCCUGGCAGUGGAAGCCGGCUUCGACUGGGUCUACUACGAGUCCCGCAACCACGUCCACGUGUCGGUCAAAGCUGAUAAUUCGCUGGCGGUCCGGGCGGGCGGCUGCUUUCCGGGAAAUGCCACAGUGCGCCUGCGGAGCGGCGAGCGGAAGGGGCUUCGGGAACUGCACCGCGGGGACUGGGUGCUGGCGGCAGAUGCGGCAGGCCGGGUGGUGCCCACGCCUGUGUUGCUCUUCCUGGACCGGGACUUGCAGCGCCGGGCCUCGUUCGUGGCUGUGGAGACCGAGCGGCCCCCGCGCAAACUGUUGCUCACCCCCUGGCACCUGGUGUUCGCCGCUCGAGGGCCAGCCCCCGCGCCAGGCGACUUUGCGCCGGUGUUUGCGCGCCGGCUACGCGCUGGGGAUUCGGUGCUGGCGCCCGGCGGUGACGCGCUUCGGCCGGCUCGCGUGGCCCGCGUGGCGCGGGAGGAAGCCGUGGGCGUGUUCGCGCCUCUCACAGCGCACGGGACGCUGCUAGUCAACGACGUCCUGGCCUCGUGCUACGCUGUUCUGGAGAGUCACCAGUGGGCGCACCGCGCCUUUGCUCCUUUGCGCCUGCUGCACGCUCUGGGGGCACUGCUCCCGGGCGGGGCGGUCCAGCCCACUGGCAUGCACUGGUACUCUCGGCUCCUGUAUCGCUUGGCGGAGGAGCUGCUGGGCUGAGCGCUCUGGGCAUAGAAGCCUCAAGGCGCUCGUCGCAAGGGGGCGUUCUGGCUGAGAUCUGGGGAUGUGGGCAGCAGAAGACGCUGACUGGGAGGGAGGGAGGGGAGGGAUAGAGAGCAAAUGGGACUAUAGAGGAAAUGCCUGGUUUAGGAGCAACUUCAGCUGUGAGGAGGUGAUUUCGUGUCCUACGUAGGUGGGGUUGAUGGUGAGCACUCUUUGAAGAGUGCUAUAGUUUCUUCUUCCCCAACGCCUCAGCCCCAUCCGCUAAUUUUAUUUUAUUUUCUAUUUAUAAAUUGUAAUAUAAUUAUCUGCUUGCCCAGCCUGCCAAGGUGAGAGGCUAGGGGACGGCGUUAACACUGUCUGACACAGGCAGCCAGUCUGACGUCUGACAUUUUCCUACAGGUGGGCUAAUAAAGGGAAGGUUUCCAGGACCUUAUUGGAAAACA